CUCGCCGUUGCGAAAACUCUUUGCUUCCACUCAUCACCGGAAGCAGCCAUCGUUCCCUCUCCCAGACGCCAGUAACGCUCACCUUUCCUCAUCACAUUCGACAAUAUGGCCAGCAAACAGGAAGACCUCCAGCGGAGGCCCGUCUAUCUAUACGACAUCGACGCCGACAUCCUGAACACGAUCGCCCUCAAGUCAGAUGCGGACAUUAUAGCCGAGCCAGUCGACAAAACCGCCAAGCAGACAACCGAUACCACAGCAACUGAGCCCACAGCAUCGGGGUCUCAAGCCAGCUGUUCACUAUGCAGCCUCAAGUUCGACAAUGUCCAGGAACAACGGAGUCACUUGAAGACCGAUUUUCACCAUUACAACCUAAAACAGAAACUGAACGGCCUCUCGCCAGUAACCGAGGCCAAGUUUGAGGAGCUCGUCAACAAUCUCGACGAAAGCAUUUCAGGUUCCGACUCUUCAGACAGCGAGGAUGAAGAAGAGGGGCAGGACAAGGAUUCCAGUAUGCUAUCUGCCCUCUUGAAGAAGCAGGCCAACAUUGUAGGGAAAAUGGCAAAAGACGGUGGCGAUGAUGGCGAGAAUGACGGGGACAAAGUGAAGUCGUCAAACGGAUCGCAACCAUUGCUCUGGUUCAGCUCCCCGAAGUUACCAGAGAACUCUUACUAUGGUGUCUACAAAGCUAUGUUCACCCCAGAAGAGCUGAAGAAGGAGGACGCUAUUGUCGACGCUAUCAAGUCCAGGCAACUGGCAUCCAUCACCAUGGGCAAACCGCCAAAGGACGCCAACGACAUCCCACCAAAUUACACUGGCAAGCAUAUCUUUAUGUGCAUGAUUGGCGGCGGACACUUUGCCGCCAUGGUUGUCUCGCUAAACCCACGGAAGACGAAGCAUGGAACAACCGGACCUCUCAACAAGGAAGCCGUCGUCCUAGUGCACAAGACUUUCCACAGAUACACCACUCGUCGCAAGCAGGGUGGCUCGCAAUCCGCCAACGACAACGCCAAAGGCGCUGCCCACUCAGCCGGUGCUAACCUCCGUCGAUACAACGAGCAGGCUCUCGUUGAGGAUGUUCGCGGGCUGCUGGCCGAAUGGAAGGGACUUAUCGACACAUCCGAUCUGCUCUUCAUCCGCGCUACCGGCUUAACCAACAGGAGGACAUUAUUCGGCCCUUACGACGGACAGGUCCUGCGGGCGAACGACCCCCGCAUUCGUGGUUUCCCAUUCAUGACCCGGAGAGCUACCCAGAAUGAGCUGAUGCGCGCCUUCAUCGAGCUUACCAGGCUGAAAGUACGACAGAUCGUCCCCGAGGCAGCCGCUCCGACUACCGAGUCACCGAAGAGACCGAAGAGCCCUAAGCCGGCUGCGGCUUCGAAACCAAAACUUUCAGAAGAAGAGGAGACGCUCCUUUUGCACACCCAACAGAUCCAGGCCCUUGUCAAGCGCUCAAAGGUGCCCGCCCUUCUAUCCUACCUCAGCACAAACGACAUCUCCCUCAAGGAUUUCCGCUUUUUCCCAGCAGACCACCACACCCCAACGCCCCUUCACCUGGCCGCAUCCCAAAACUCGGCGCCGCUCGUAACCGGUCUCCUCACCCGCGCCGGCGCGGACCCUACCAUCCCUAACGGCGACGGCAGGACUGCCUUCGAGCUUGCCGGCGACCGUGCCACUCGUGACGCUUUCCGCGUCGCCCGCUCGGAGAUUGGUGAGGAAGCAUGGGAUUGGGAAGCCGCCAAGGUCCCUGUCGCGCUAUCGCGGGACGAGGCGCUGAAGAGGACGGAAAGGGAAAAGAAUGAAGCGAAGGAGAAAGAGGACCAGAGAAGGAAGGCUGAGGAGGAGAGGCUGAAAAAGGAGGGACCAAAGGUUGAUGCGACGAAGAAUGGGAAGAAGGCUGGUGGCAGUGUGUUGGCGGCUGCGAUGAAGCUGACGCCGCAGGAAAGAAGGGAAGAGGAGGCGAAGGGGUUGACGCCAGAAAUGAAGAUGAGGUUGGAGAGGGAGAGGAGAGCGAGGGCGGCAGAGGAGAGGAUUAGGCGGCUGCAAGGUGGGCAGUAAGUCUAACGUGUGAAGCUGGUGUUAGAGGGGUUGGGUAAUAUGAGGGAAAAUGGCAUGGACACUUUGCGAUUGCAUGUUGGGUAUACCAAUGUCAAAGCGUUACCAACGUAUGACUCAGUUUGAGGUGACUG